CUGUGGUCGUGUCGGAGGCGGGAUGGUGUCAGUGGGGAGUUCCACGCAGUGAUACACACACAGAGAGUUCUGUCAGUGCGGAUCGUAAACAUCACCGAACAUUUCUGUUUCUGGAUCAUGUGGGAUUUACUGCUGUUGACGUGAAAGGUUUUUGAGAUGAUCCCAGUUUCCUUCAUGGGUUCUUCCUGAAUUGCUGCUUUUGGAGACAAUCUAGUGCUGCACAUCAUGCUCUAAUUUGCUAGCUCCUUCAUAUGACUUACAGGCUUGUGAUGAGGGUAGCAUCUUGAAUGUGGAGUUUGUCCUUGUCUUCUUGAGGUUUUGCCAGACAACUUGUGCUGCAAUGUGGAAUCUCAAAAGCCCAGUUGUGGAGGGGUCUGCACACAAGAUAUGAACCACCUGAGACCCAGGGGCCGACGCAAAAGCAAAUUCAGUUGGACUACGGAAAGGGCUCACAGCUUACCAGUGGAGGCUGAAGAACCCCCGCUUGGACAUAAUGCAGUCGGAUGACCUGUUUGGGAAGAAGCUCAGAGCCCUAAAUGGGAACAUGGGUCCACUAGCCUCCAGUGCACAGGGGGCACCAGCAAAGCCCAAGAUGGGUGUUCGAGCAAGGGUGUCUGAGUGGCCCCCUAGGAAGGAGGGCUGGUCCAACUAUGAAAGUUUGAUGGUAGACUUCCAGAAUGGACAGCCAGACCCUAGUGAGGACAUUGGCGGGCAUACCAGAUCUGAUCCUGCAUUCCUUGAGCCAAAGUACUCCUUCAGUGAGUUUUUGAACCACUCCCCCCUGAAAGGACUCCACCCCAUUCGCCAGAGGAGCAACAGUGACGUGACCAUCAGUGACAUUGACACUGAGGGCCCGGCAGCCUCCAGUGCCAUCAACCCAAACACUGGGGCCUCCCUACGGCGUGAGUAUGGCAGCACAUCAUCUAUUGACCGUACAGGCCUUACUGGCAACGGUUUCUGUAGCAUGUUCCGGAGCUACCCAGUGGACCCCUUGGACCACCAUGGCAGAGCAACGUUGGGCCUACCUGAGCUAUUACACUAUGACAACGCCACUCCUUCCGUAUCCCCAAGUCUCCAAACAGCAGCACAAAUUGCCCGUGGGGAAAUCGAACACAUACUGGGCUUUGAACUCCUGGAUGGUAACCUACUCUAUGGUCGUGAACGAGAACGUUCCUUUACACGGCGCCGCCUAUGGCCCGAUGGAUCAGAGGCUACAUCGCUCUUCCGGAAGCUGAGGCCUGUUCGAAGUGAACACGAUGUGCUGCGGCCCUCAAGCGAGCAGGAGGAUGGUGGUCGUUGCAGGCGGCCAGCAGGCCUCCGGAAAUGUUUUGCUCACUACGAUGCGCAGAGUGUUCUUUUCAGUGUUGGUGAGGCAAUGGCCAACCAGGCCAAUCUGACAAAGAGGAAGAACAUCACCACUGGGGCUUCAGCUGCCUCACAGUACCAGGUUGGUUCUGGAAGCCCUGCUCCAUGUGAGACACUCUUGGGCACCCGGGAAGACCUUGACUCGAAGGAGAACUUAGACACGGAUGAAGGCGAUGGGAAGAGUAACAACCUGGUUCUGAGCUGCCCAUACUUUCGCAAUGAGAUUGGCGGCAAGGGUGAGCGGAGGAUCUCCCUGUCCAGGGCCAACUCGGCAUCCUACAGUAGCGGGGAGAGCUGCUCCUUUGAGUCCUCAUUGAGCUCCCACUGCACCAACGCUGGAGUGUCUGUGCUGGAGGUGCCACGAGACAGUCAACCAGUUCAUCGGGAGAAGGUCAAGCGCUACAUCAUUGAACACGUUGACCUUGGUGCAUACUAUUACCGCAAAUACUUCUACGGGAAAGAGCAUCAAAAUUACUUUGGCGUGGACGAGAACCUGGGCCCAGUGGCAGUCAGUAUCCGCAGGGAGAAGGUGGAUGAUGGGAAGGAGAAGGAUGGAGUUCAGUACAAUUACCGGGUCACCUUCAGGACAAGUGAGCUUACCACUUUGAGGGGCGCUAUCCUGGAAGAUGCUGUUCCAUCUACUGCCAAGCAUGGCACAGCCCGCGGCCUCCCACUGAAAGAGGUGCUGGAGUGUGUCAUGCCUGAGCUCAACAUCCAGUGCUUGCGGCUGGCCGUCAAUUCGCCCAAAGUGCCAGAACAGCUGCUGAAGCUGGACGAGCAGGGGCUGAGCUUCCAGCACAAAGUGGGUAUCUUGUACUGCAAAGUGGGCCAGAGUACGGAGGAGGAGAUGUACAACAACGAAAGCGCUGGGCCUGCCUUGGAGGAGUUUCUAGACCUCCUGGGGCAGAGGGUGCGGCUGAAGGGUUUCACCAAGUAUAGAGCUCAACUGGACAACAAAACGGAUUCCACGGGCACCCACUCCCUGUACACCACCUACAAAGACUACGAGCUCAUGUUCCAUGUGUCCACAUUGCUCCCAUAUACACCCAACAACAGGCAGCAGCUUCUGAGAAAGAGGCACAUAGGGAAUGACAUUGUCACCAUCGUUUUCCAAGAACCUGGUGCCCUGCCCUUCACACCAAAGAACAUUCGCUCGCACUUCCAGCAUGUGUUCGUCAUCGUCAAAGUCCACAACCCCUGCACUGAGAAUGUGUGCUACAGUGUGGCUGUUUCCCGGUCUAAAGAUGUGCCGCCCUUCGGUCCACCCAUACCAAAGGGUGUGACCUUUCCCAAGUCCGCCGUGUUCAGGGACUUCCUGCUGGCUAAAGUAAUCAACGGUGAGAAUGCGGCACAUAAAUCAGAGAAGUUCCGGGCCAUGGCUACGCGCACAAGGCAGGAGUACUUGAAGGACCUGGCGGAAAACUUUGCCAGUGCAGCUACGGUGGAUUCAGCUACCAAGUUCAGCUUCAUCACUCUGGGGGCCAAGAGGAAGGAGCGGGCUAAGCCGCGCCAGGACGCCCACCUGCAGAGCAUUGGGGCCAUCACCUGGCCAGUGGUGGCCCGAGACUUUGGCCGCUCAGCUGAUGCGGACUGCCUGCUGGGCAUUUCUAAUGAGUUUGUUGUACUGGUGGAGGAAGAGUCCAAGGACGUAGUGUUCAACUGCUCGUGCCGCGAUGUCAUCGGGUGGACCUCGGGGACUGCGGGCAUCAAGAUGUUCUACGAGCGUGGUGAAUGCAUCGUGUUCUCUACCCAGGACUCUUAUGAAGAGGAUGUGCGGGACAUUAUUCAGCGGCUGGAGAUUGUUACACGGGGCUGCGAGACAACAGAGAUGACCCUGCGACGGAAUGGCCUGGGUCAGCUUGGCUUCCAUGUGAACUUUGAGGGAAUCGUGGCAGAUGUGGAGCCCUUCGGCUUUGCCUGGCAGGCGGGCCUUCGCCAAGGCAGUCGGCUGGUGGAAAUCUGCAAGGUGGCUGUGGCCACGCUGACCCACGAGCAGAUGAUUGACCUGUUGCGCACUUCAGUGACUGUGAGGGUAGUCAUCAUCCCGCCGUACGAAGACGGAACGCCCAGGAGAGGCUGCUCAGAGCUCUAUAGAAUCCCCAUGGUGGAGUACAAGCUGGACAGUGAGGGCACCCCCUGCGAAUACAAGACCCCCUUCCGCAGGAACACCACCUGGCACCGCAUGCCUCCUGCUGGUGGCCAGGCCUUGUCACGUGGCUCCCCAACUCAGGUGCCCGAUCGCCUGCAAUGCCAGCCUCUCCUCCAGCAGGCCAUCCCACGCAGCACCUCCUUUGACAGGAAACUGCAGGACGGGUCCAGGACAGUUCAGGACCCAGAGAACCCACAGAUCCAAUCAUGCAGUAAGGUAGACCCCAGUAGGCACUACCGGAGCUCUCCCAGCAACCAGUCUUCAUCUAGUGAUCCUGGACCCUGCGGCAGCGCCACUUGGGCGCAGCAGAGCGGAUACGAGAGUUGCCAGUCUCCAGGGCUCCACGAUGGCUCAGGUGACAGCCUGGGGGGCCACAUGGACCGAGAGACCUUAAGAGAGAGAGAACCCACGCUUGAAAGGACUCGCUCAGCUGAGACCAAGUGGCACCUCCCUGCCACCAAAAUCCUGAAUGCCUUCAAGGAGCGAGGCCUGCAGAAGGAGAUGGGGAAGGAAUCUCCUAACAAGCCAUCUCGUACCGGCGAUAAGGGCUGCCCCAGCCACUGUUCAAGCCACUCCAGCAGCAACACACUGUCCAGCAGUGCCUCCAGCAACAGUGACGACAAGCACUUCGGCUCGGGGGACUUAAUGGACCCCGAGCUGUUGGGCCUUACUUAUAUCAAGGGCGCGUCAACUGACAGCGGCAUUGACACUGCACCCUGUAUGCCACCGGCACCGCCUCCACCGUGCGUGGCUGGUGCCCGUCUCACACUCCCAGGCCACAGCGAGCAGCUGCUCCAAUGGACCGCUGGAGCAUCUGAGGAUGGGGGAACAGAGGAGGAGCAGGCUAAGCUGUACCUGGUGCAGGGUUAUGUGCCAACUAUUGGUGGAAACCGUGUCACUGAGGGAAGCAUUGGGGACUUGAGUGAGAUCUCUUCCCACUCCAGUGGGUCCCACCACUCAGGCAGCCCCGCUGCACGCAGCUCCAAGAUCAGCACCUCCCUGGAGUCCUCCAAAGUCUACAUCGUCUCCCAGGGUGCCAUGCUGCCUGGCUCUAGUUCAGAUGCACGUGCUUAUGCCCGUCAGGCUCCGCCCAGCAGGUAUCUGAUUGGCUGGAAAAAGGCAGAAGAGAGCCCCCCACCAGAAGAGGCUGAGAGACUGAUUGAGUGUGGGCAGCUUUAUUCACCAGACGUUUCCUGCCAAAUGGAGUCGACAGAGACGGACAGGUUUCCCAAGAGUCUGUGCAAGGAGGAGUUCUUAAAGAUGAUAUUGCCCGACAGCCUCUCUGAAGAGGAAAGUCGGCGUAAGCUGUCGACCUCCAGCAGCCUGUCACCACGUCGUUCCCUGUAUCGCACACUGUCAGAUGAGAGCAUUUGUGGGCAGCGGCGGGCAUCAUCAUGUGCCAGCUCCCGUGGCUCUGCUCUGGACCAGGCCUUACCAAAUGACAUCCUCUUCAGCAGCACGCCACCCUUUUGUAGCACCCUGCCACCUCCACGCACCACUCUUGGCCACUCCUCCAACUUAAGGAAUGAAUUCUGGUUUUCUGACGGCUCCUUGGCGGAAAGGUCAAAAUUCGCUGACCCGGGCCUGAUGCCUCUGCCAGACCCAGCCUCCGGCCUGGACUGGUCCCACCUUGUUGAUGCGGCCCGUGCCUUUGAAGACCAGCGUGUAGCCUCCUUCUGCUCACUGACGGACAUGGAGCAGCCUCAAGGCCUGGAUAUUUCCCAGGAGCUAAGCAGACAGGGCACCACCCUGGAGCAGGGAGAGGGCAGUCUCACUGGCAAAGUGAAUCAGCUGGAGGUGAUUCUGAGACAGCUGCAAUAUGACCUGCGUAAAGAGAAGGAGGACAAGGCCCUGCUGCAGGUCCAGGUUCAACACCUGAGGCAGGAUAACCUCCGUCUGCACGAGGAGAGCCAGACAGCUGCUGCUCAGCUGAGGAAGUUUACAGAGUGGUUCUUCCAUUCCGUGGACAAGAAACCUUGACGCCUGCCCACCAUGCUGUCAGUGGGAAGCCCUGGGCGUGGAGCUGCCUUCAUCAUUGGUACAUUGUACAUGUAGACUUCUUCCCCUGCACCAUUUGCCAAUCCAUCGUCCGUGCUUCACAGGGUGGCACAGCUACGGAGAGAUUUGAGGACUGCCGUCUGGAACAGGGUGUCGGGAAUGUACUGGACUUCUGUGUGGUUGUAGGUUGUGCUCUGCAUCCGGGAGAAAUCCAGACGCAUAUUAAUAGUUAUGAAAAUGAAUGUAAACCAGUGAAGACAUUUGUUUUUCCUCUGAAAAGAGCAAGUAACAAGGUCACCAUUGAAGAAGUUGGAAAGACUGAGAAACUUCAAACUCAACUGGUUGGUUUGUUCAAACCUUUCUCACUUGAGAUAUAGAACACAUAGGUGCUCUUUCCCUGUGUUCGUUCACGUGUGUGUGUGUGCGCGCGCGGUGUGUCUGUGUAUAUACAGCCAUUGUAAGUAGUUUGUAAGUAUUCCACUGUUACAGUAUAAUAGCAAUAAUACGACUGUGUUUAAAAUUUAGCACUAACAUGAUGUACAUCAUUAAGACGAGGUAUGUAUUUAUUGUGCAGGAGUAGGUUGUGCCUGAUAUGAUUUUUUUCCCCUUCUCCUUUUGUUUGCUUCCUUUAAAAAAUGUGUUUGCCUCACACUCUCACAAUCAAGUUCAAAUUGACAGGCACAGCAAAAAUUUGUGUUUUUAUACAGUAGAAUUUCUGUAUCUGAGCUUGCUACUUUGCUACUAUAAAACUACUUUAAAACUACCAAAAUUGAUUUUAUUACAAAACCAAUGAGGAAGUGUCAUAAUUAACUGUGAUUUAUGUGUAUGUAACCAGAUAUUGUUUAUUUUGAAGGCCCCAUUCAUUUUUUCCCUGCACUAAAAGUGGAAUAGCUCUGUCUAUCCUGUUGUGUGUGUGUGUGUGUGUGUGUGUGUGUGUGUGUGUGUGCGCCUGCACAUACGUGCACAGGUGUGUGGGUCUGCGUGUUUAGCUUACAAAGGAGAUUAUAUAUAAUAUAUGUACAAAUAAAUGAUUAUUUCUGGAAAGUCCCAACAUUUGGAUGCUGCUAGAUUCCUGUUCAUUUGUUUGUAUGCUUUUACAAAUGUUCUUAAACCCAGUCAAGAUGAGAAGUA